GGGAUUUUUGUAUUUUAAUUGUAAACGUAAUGUAAUUGUGAUUACAAUAAAUGAUCCGAUAAUUGAUUGUCGUUAUAAACAAUGCAUUCAAAUGAUCACAAUUUCACUCAUUUUAAUGCCAAUCCAAAUGCAAACCCUUUGAUUGGCAACGAAGGCAUUGGUAUGUCUUCAGUGAGAAGUGGAUCAGGUAUUGCACCACCACUUCCUCCGCGUCCCAACCCAUUACACGACCCCAAUAUGUAUCGGACGAGUGGUUACGGCAAUGGUUACGGCUUUGGCAACCAAUUGGGCGGAUAUUCCUCUAUGUAUUCAUGCAAUGGUUUGUCUCCUUAUGGCGGAGGAUAUGGUAUGAAUCGUAUGAAUGGUUUGAAUCCUUAUUUGGGACACAAUAGCAGUGAUAAUGAUUUGUGGAGAAUCGCCGACGAGAGGUCUCGACAGGCGUUUCAAUCGAUUGAAUCGAUAGCUCAGGCCUUUGGGUCGGUGUCUAUGAUGUUGGAGUCAACCAUAUAUACAGUCAACACAUCGUUUCGGGCCUUCAUUGGCGUCGCCGACCACUUCUCACGUCUUCGGCAACACUUACAGCAAAUGCUGUCAACGCUUGCAGUCAUCAAAACAUUCAAAUGGAUUAUCAGAAGAAUAUUGUCUUUAAUUGGCGUUCGGGUCAACCCUCACAACGAAGACCCAACUGAGAGAGCGUGGAGUCGAGCCUUCAAUGACACCAAUCCUAUUGAAUCCCAUUUGACAGCCGACGGCACUUUCGACGGCACAUUAACAAGUGAUUCCAGGAGCGGUUCCCCGUGGCCUAUACUUAUAUUCUUCAGCAUAAUAUUGGGCACGCCUUGGCUUUUAUGGAGGCUUUUGUCUUCAAUUGUCACAACCGAGAAGACAGCGUGUGAAAAGUGGGCGACGGGUGAGGGCGAGCACUACGAGGCGACCGCACUCUAUAACUUUCAAACAGAUAAUCCUCGAGAACUGCCGUUUACUGUCGGCCACAAGAUUAUUGUGGCGCCAAAGGAACUACAGCCGAGAGUUAGGGGAUGGCUGUUGGCCACUAUUGAUGGCCAGAAAGUGGGUCUCAUUCCCGCCAAUUAUGUCCGUAUCGUUGGCUGUCGUAACCCAAAGACUCCACUUUCAACAGCUAAUAAUUAAUAUUAUUUGUAUUGUUAUUUGCAAUGUUUUAUACCGUAUUACCUGUGAUUUUAUUGCAUGCAAUAUAAAGUCAAU